CCUGGGAGGACGCUGCAGAGGCUGGAGGGAGCUCGGAGGCUACGGGAAAAGCAUCCGCUUGUUCUGCAAACCGAGGCGGCAGCACAGAGUGACCAGGAUGUCAUCCAGAUAGCACUGAGCUCCUGACAAGCCACACAAGAUCUGGUCCAUAGGCCUCUGGAAAAGGGCGAGAGCAGACGUUAUUCUGAAGGAAAUCCAGUGACAUACUGAGUAUUACAGUGAGAUUGAACAUCUUGCCUGUUAAAAUGUCUUUCCCCAUCACAUAUGGGCACCCUAAAGGGCCAGGGAGCGGCAGCCAACUCACUGGGGAAUCAGUUCUAAGGAUCAUCCUUGUCGGUAAGAGUGGAGCUGGGAAAAGUGCGACAGGAAACAUCAUCCUUGGGCAGGAGAAGUUUAAGUCCCCCGUACUGGUGGCAACACCCAUUAUUCAGACAUGUAGUGAAGGCAGCAGGACCUGGAAUGGAAGGAAGGUUGUGGUUAUCGACAUGCCUACUAUUUUUGACACCAAGGACGCUGAUGAACAAACCACCAGUGAGAUCAAUCGCGGUGUCAAGCUCUCCUCUGUAGACCCCUACGCUCUGGUACUGGUGACCCAGCUGGGCAAGUUCACUGAGGAAGACCAGCAUGCUGUGAGGAGAGUACAAGAGAUUUUUGGUCCCGAGGCCAUGAAGUACAUGAUCGUCUUAUUCACCUACAAAGAAGACUUAAGGAGUGGAGCCCUGGAGCAGUAUAUCUUCCACCAAGAUAACAAACCACUUCUGCAGCUGAUCCAACAGUGUGAUGGCCGAUACUGCGCUUUCAACAAUAAACCUACAAGGGAGGAAUGGGCUGCCCAGGUUGACGAGCUGCUGACUAGGAUUGCUCGUAUGGUGGAGGAGGGGAAUAAAUAUCAGGUGUGUAAAGCACCUGAGAAGCUUCAAAAAAAAGAUGAGAUGGAUAAAAGUAAAGAUGAGAUGGAUGAAGUGGAAGAUGGAAUGGAAAUGGGUAUGCAGGAAGGAUCUCAAGAGGAAGAGCACUCAUCCGGGGAACCAGGGCUGGGGAGCGGCAGCCGACUCACUGGGGAAUCAGACCUGAGGAUCAUCCUCGUCGGUAAGAGUGGAGGUGGCAAAAGUGCGACAGGAAACACCAUCCUUGGGCAGGAGAAGUUUAAGUCCGUACUGGAGGCAGUGCCCGUUACUCAGACAUGUAGCAAAGGCAGCAGGGACUGGAAUGGAAGGAAGGCUGUGGUUAUCGACACGCCUGCUAUUUUUGACACCAAGGACUCUGAUGAACAAACCAUCUGUGAGAUCUGUCGCUGCGUCGUGCUCUCCUCCCCAGGGCCCCACGCUCUGGUGCUGGUGACCCAGCUGGGCCGUUUCACUGAGGAAGACAGGCACGCCGUGCAGAGAGUACAAGAGAUUUUUGGCCCCGAAGCCUUGAAUUACAUGAUCAUUUUAUUCACCCGCAAAGAAGACUUACGGAGUGGAACCCUGGAGCAGUAUAUCUCCCACUCGGAUAACAAACAGCUUCAGGAGCUGAUCAAACAGUGUCAGGGCCGAUACUGCGCUUUCAACAAUAAAGCUACAAAGGAUGAACGGGCUGCCCAGGCUGAAGAGUUGAUGACUAGGAUUGCUCGUAUGGUGGAAGAGAAGAAAGACCAAUCAUUCUACACUAAUGAGGUGUAUGAAAAGGCUAAGAGUCUUCCAAAGGUAAAAGCCAUGUUUUGUGAGAAAGAUAAAAGAACACGUCAGUGUGUAAAAGGGGUGGCUGAGCUGAGAGAAUUGAUAAAAACGCAGAAAUCCUUUGAGAAAAAAACAAAGAAGCCUAGUUCCUGGAGUUGGCCUUUCUCAGUACCAAGUAUCUCAAUGCCAGAAUAUUCGUGGUUGAGAAAUGAUGGUAACUGAGCUACGUCUAUUUUCUGGUUCUCCUGUGGUUUUACCAGGCUUUGUAGUGGCUCAGGAAUUAGAGAUGGCAGGAAAAGAACUUUUUUUAUCUCUUCUUCUUAAGUAAAAUUUUCAAAGCGUCUCAUGGUGUAUCUACACAACAUUUUGGAGUGUGCGAGAGUACGUCUCUCAGCCCAGGUUGAUAAAAGCCCAACCAAACCCUUAGGCUCCAGAACCCGAGCUUUAGCUCGAGCUGAAGCUUCCCAGAGCUGUUGCUAAUGCUGGUUUUAGAGCACUAGUGUGAGUCCUGCUAGCCCAGGCGGUAAUGCUUGCUCCAAAAUGCUGUGCAGACGUACUCCAUGUGACUUCAGAGCCUGUGUCCUACUUUCUCCAGGUCUUGGGGGGCUGAGACUUCGGAGGAUUGUUCUCGACAGUAUCUACUCCAAUGUGUUCCAUUCAGUGUUAAACAAAUCACUAUUGGAAAUAAUCUUUGUUGAUUAAAGCCCUAUUAUCUGUUAAGAAAAUGUCCUGCUACCCUAAUUUGUUCUUUUCUUCAAUGUCACCCAGUUAUCCCUAUGUAUAAACUUUCAGCCCAUCCUAAACAAUUCAGUUCUUCCAAAUGCCCAACCCAUUUUACUGCUCUUCUCCAGCACCCUUGUAAUUCAUCUUUUCUGGUCGUGAAAUGCCAAGAUCUGAAAGUACCAUUCCAGGAGUGAUCACUCCAGGAGUUCAAGCCAGUCCUGUCACCUCCCUGCUCUGGGACAUGAUGGCUCUGCAGCCCAAAGGCAGAUUGGCUUUGUCUGCUAACACGUCACAUGACAAACUCUCCUGUCUAAUGUAUGGGAUGUGAGGGAAACACACAAUCUCUUAAAGUCAUUAAAAGAAUUUCACUGUUCCAUAGCUCUACGAAUUCCUAAGUCCUGCAUCUCUACAGCUCAUAUGUCCUCACCCUAUAUUAGUGCAGAGUGUUUGUUUAUACAGAGAUCAAUAAGUCAAACCAUUAAUUAGGAUUUGUUCUUUACUACUAUUAUGAACUGAGAAAUCUGUACCAAAGACAUCUUAUUGUGAAAAUGUGUCUUAGACUGUUUAAUUUUGAGUGGUUUAUUCUGCAGCAAUCUUUAGAGAUGUUGAAUUAUUUUAUAUUCAUGUUUUUGAUUUAUGAUGAUGAAAUUGAGCCUGUAAUCUAAGCUUCUGAUCUAUGAAAUAUUAGACAGGUGUAGUGAAAAAUAAAUGAAAUUACAAUUAA